AUGGCUAAGAAAGAAUUUAUUGUUAUAAAAAGAAGGGUUAAAAUCAUUGACGAAUUAGCUUCUACCGCGCCAGGUGUAAACCCAUUUCCUACUACAAUUCCUAUAGUACCUUCCUCCAAACAUCGAAUGUUACCUCAAAAUGAGCUUCUUAUCUAUGGUAAAACUGGUGCAGUUUCUGAGAAAAAGAAUUUUCCAUGA